AGUAUACAAAUAACGUUGGUAGCACCACUUUUCCCACCCACUAUGAAUCGCCUCGUGUGUUGGUGCAGGUUUUCAACAAAUGCUGAUGCCAAAUCAAACAAAAUUAAUUGGGAAUCGUGAUUCUUUUCGUUGCCGCAUUCACGACGCGUAGUACCGGUCUGUCGCGUUCUUAGUAGUUAUUUGGUAUCCAUUAUUGAAUUAAAUAUAUUUUAUCAAAAUGAGUACAGAAACCGUGAAUGCUUUGGUAUUCGAUUAUUUGAAUUCAUUGGAUCAAAAUCUCGCGAAUAUGUUUCAAACCAAGACGAAAGCUGUGAGUAAUAACAUGUAUUUAGUAUUCAUCAAAAUGCAUUAUUAAUAUGUGAUGGAAACCACGUGUAUGUGUUUGAUUUUUGUGGUUUUUAAUAUCCGCAACUAGAUUUCUACCAUAUUUCAUUCAUAUUGAAUUGGUUUAUUCGCAAAUUAUUUUAUAUUGAUAUUUUCUUAGAAAUUACUAACACAAACUUGUAGGCUUGUUAUUACCUUUUUUUUUAGUAUAAUUAUAAAUCCAUAUUUUUAACUUAUAAAUGUAGGUUUUUCAAAUGGUUUACGUUAAUUAUUGUAAAUCAUAAUCUAAUCCAAAAUUUUAAUUGGAGCUAAAAGAUUUGAUCAAUUACCUUAAACUUAGUACAAUUUAAUUUCUUCUGUUAACUAAUUUGAUAUACUUAAUAGAACGUUUUAGAAAAAACAAAUCCUUCAAUUUAAUUAAAAGUAAUAGUAAUGUAUUACUGAUAAUUAUUUAUCUACCUACCUAUAUGGUCAAAUAAUUAGUAAUAUAUUUUUUUCUAGUUAAAAAACCAAAAUCUAGUCAAAGUCAAAAACUAUGCUUCUAAAACAUAAUAUAAUCUAUGGUAAUAGGUAUUUAGGUUUAUUUUGUUAAUAUAUAUAUUUCAUACAGCAUUUUAUUUUAUUGUUCGUAUCUUUUAUUAAUUAAAUCUUAAUUUAAAUUUUUAGUCAAAAUUACAGAGAGGACAAAAUAAAUUAGCACAGAUAAUUGAUGACCAUUUAAAGUAUGUGUAGUUUGAUUUAUAAUUUAUUACAUUUACUUACCUAGAUACAUUUAUUAAAUUAUCUGCAUAACAAUAUUUUUAGAAAUUCAAAGAAGACAAUUAAACUACAGAAAAAUGGACCAUGUAAGUUUAUUUUUAUUUUUUUAAUUAAAGUUAAAUAUUUUUUUUGUUCCUGAAGACCAAAACUAUACUCUAUUCAACUUAAGAGUACACCGGUUCACACAUACGCGACUGAGCGCUGAACGUUGCCGGGCUCCUAAUUAAUUAAUCUGAAGUAAUCGUUAUGAUCCGUACGCCGUGUACCGAGGUUGUUACCACCGCCAAAUGAAUGUAUACACAUAUCCUGUUCCAAUCAAACUAAUGGGAAACAUGGCAUAAUUUAUUAUAUUAUUUAAAACAUAAAUUGUAAGUUUAUUUAAAUUAACACAGUGUUUGUGCAAGAAAAUACAUUACAUGUACAUAGUAAUGCCAUUUAAACGUUAUUUAUAUUUUGUUCGCUAAAUGUGUUGUAUACCAUGUAUAUGGCGGCGGCAAGAUGAUGACUGGUGGUAGCAUUGGUGCGUUAGAUUGUUGAUAAGUGGGUGAGUGGAGUCUGUUGGUCCAUAUAGCAUAUCUAUCCGGUCUGUUUCUUUACUAUCUUGGAUAUACACUAGUUUUUCUACUGUGGCUCCUUUUUGGGUGAUAUAAGGAAUACUUCCUGAUUUAUUGAAAAUAAGUUACUGAGACCUGUCUUAAAAUUGAGUGAUGCUUCUUUGGUUUAGAACUACUGACCUAUAUCCAUCUUUUCUCACGUUAAAAACUAUUUGAAUCUCUUAUCUCUGAUUGUAUUCUGCCUUCCAUCAAUCACAUUCCCAUAUUGAUGGAUAAGCAACAUGGUUUACGUCCUGGUCAUUUGACUACAACUUGCAAUGUAACUCUCUGCAAUUUUAUAUUUGAUGCUUUUGGUACUCAUUCUCCAGGUUGAUGUGAUUUAUACUGAUUUUGCAAAGGCUUUUGAUUGUGUGUAUCACAAUACUCUAUCGAACUGGAAUAAGCAAACCACUUUUAUCAUGGUUUGGCUCAUUCCUUUCAUGUAGAAAACAAUGGGUAAAAAUUCUUGGGGUAGUAUCUCCUUCUACAAAUAUGCCAUUAGGUGUACCUCAGGGUGACCAUUUAUCUAUUGCCAACUGGGUUUUAUGUGAUACUUUAAGCGUUUGCGGAUGAUCUUUAAAUAUUUCUUCGUAUCAACUUUGUUAAUGAUUAUGUCCUUUAAAAUGAUUUUUUUAAACAGAUUGGUGUCCUGGGUGGAAUCCAAUGUGAAAUCCAUUUAACGUCUCUAAAUGUUAUUCUAUGACCUUUAUUCGUACCAGAAAUCCAUUUAAAUUCACAUAUACUAUUAGUAAUCCUGUUUUGUCACUUACUAAGUUUGUGUGUGACUUAGGUUUUAUCUUAACUCCUACGCUUAGCUCUAAUCUGCUUAUGUAGAAUGCAUGUUGUAAGGUACAAAAAAACCUUAGGCUUUACCAAACAAAUAGCACAAGAGCUCAAAUUUUCUGCACCAUUUAAGACUUUAUACUGUCCAUUCGUCGGACCUAUUCUGGAAUAUGGGUCCAUCGUAUGAAGCCCUCUGCAGCUACGUUCUCUUGUCAAGUUGAAAGAGUUCAACGUAAGUUCCUGAGGUUCGCCAGCUUUGUUCUCAAAAUAGACUGUCUCCCUCAUGACUACACUCCAGUAUUGCCAUAUCUGCAAUUAACUACUUUAGCUGAUUGUACACAUGAUACCAAUCUUAGUUUCAUUAAUAAUAUACUUCAUGGUAAAAUUCUCCUUUAUUAUUGUCCCAAAUUAACGUUAAAAUUCCAUCCUACACCUUAAAUCAUUUUGUCCCAUUCUACAUCCAAUAAUUUCAUUCUUACUAUGAAAAAAACCAACCGCUCAGUCGUUGUAUGCUAUAAGCCAAUUUAUUUAUAUUAUUGUCUUCUUUGAUGGUACUUGAUAUUAUAUUCUACUUUGUAUUUUUAUUAAAAAAACUGUAUAGCGUUAUUGUAAACAAAUAAACUAAUAUGUUUUCAUUCGCCAUCCGGUAUACCUCUAAGUGGAAUAAAGUAUAGUAGUGCCAAACUAAUAAUUAGUUUUUUAUUUUUUAUUUUAUUUGAUUUGGCUUUUUAUUGUUUAUUUAUGUCAUUAUUUUUUAUUUUCAUAAUUAGCGCUUAAAUAUUUUUAAAAAUCAAAUCAUCAUAAAACUUUUCAAUUUAAAAGUACACUUGCAGAAUUUUUAUUUUUCUAUGUCAAAUGUCAACUUAUGUGACUAAAAUUAAUAGUAAGUAAAACAAGUUUGAUAGUAAAAUGAAAAGGAAAAAUUAUUUAAAAAAUAUAUAAAACAAAAUCUGGGUUUUGUCAGUGCUUUUAAUCUCAAAGAAAAAUUAUCUAGUAAAAACUGGUAAUGGAAAACAAAAUCUUUAAAAUUGUAUUUUUUAAGUACUUGUACUUUCAUAAUUCUAGAUUCAAAUUAGGCACAUUGUAUAAUGAACUGUAGUUGAACUGUUUGUAAAUCAUUUAAAAUAUUUCACGUUAUACCUACAUAUUUUCUUAAGUUUUAAAUUUAUUAUUGUUUUGAGAAUAUUAUUAAAACAUACAUUUACAAUUAUAUCAAUUUAGUAUCUGUUUCGGUAAGUAUGAAACUAGUAGUUUUCUAUCUCAAUCUAUGAUUUAUUUGUUUAGCUGUUGAUAAGAUAAUAAAGAUGAGUAAUGGUAAGCCAGUUUCUGCAGUUCAGCCCGAUGAAGAGAGUUCUGAAGAAGACAGCUCUGAUGAUGAACCUCCCAUAAAAAAAGGUAAAUAUUCCAAAUGAAAGUUUAAUUGAGGGCCAUCAUUAAUAAGAUGUGUGAUUUAUCUAUUGUAUAAUUCAAUUUAAGUAAUAAGGUAUUUGAAUCACUUAGUUUUUUAAUUUCUAAUUCCAGUCUAGGUCUUUUAACAUUUUUCUCAGAAACUACAAAAUUUGUUAUUUCCUCUUCUUUAUUUUUUCUGUUUAAUUUAUCAUUCUCAUAUGGUAUUUUCCCUGAUACUCUAAAACUAAUUUUAUUCAACCUAUCCCUAAGUCUUCCUUCAAUAUUUCAAAUUGCCACCGAGCUAUAUCCUUGCUUUCUCUAAUACCUAAGUUGUUUGAAUUGAUAGUUAAAAAUAGAGUUUUAUCUGAUUAAGUAAUGUAAUCAUGGACGACCAGCAUGAUUUUUGAUGAAAUAAAAGUACGAUAACUAAAUUACUUAAUAAUUUUGUAUCCGACACCCUUUCUAGUGGAUCAAAUGUUGAUGUCAUACACUGAUUUUACUAAGGCAUUCAAUAAAAUUAAUCAUCAAAUCUUAAUUUACUAAAUUGAAACAAAUUUGUAUUUGUGGCUCUUGUCUUGGAUUAUCUCUUUUAUUGAAGAUUGUCAGUUAAUCAGUUUACUAAGACCAUUGGUCUAUUCUAAUAUGUGUUACAUUGUGUUCCUCUAGGUUCCCAUUAAGGACCAAUAUUUUUUCCUAUUUUUUAUGACAUUCAUUUUCAAAAUUCCAAUAAAUUAAUGAUUGCUGAUGUUAUGAAAAUGUUCUGUAUUGUGAUUUAUGAAGUUAAAGCUGAUUUACUUCAAUCUGAUUUAGAUAUUCUUUAUGAAUGGUGUAUAAACAAUAACUUUCCUCUGAAUAUCAAUAAAUGCCAGAUAAUGAAUUUUUCCAGAGCUUAUACAGUUACCACAUUUAAUUACAAUAUCAAUGGUGAAACGCUGUAUCGCACUUUGGGAUCUAUCAAAGAUCUUCUGAUUUAUUUUGAUCCUAGACUUAAAUUUGAAUGUUUUUAACAACAUUGUAAACAAAUUAAACAAAAUAUUUUAUUUGUCAAAAUUGUACUGAUUUUGAUAAUGAGCUUUAAAAUCCAUUUAUCGCUGUUUUAUUUGCAAAUACAGCUCAAUAAUAUGAUCUGUUUACCAAUCGGGUGAUAAAUGGAAUAAAAUUCAGCAAAUGUUAUUUCAGGUGUUCUCGUUUAAUAGCCAAAGAAGAACCGCAUUCUUUGUACACCUCAAUUUUGUCGUUUGUUUCCCUUGAAACGCUUUUUGCGAUUAGUAGAUUUCUACUCUGUUUAUAAGAUGUUCCUAAAUUUUAAUUCUUUCCAUACCCCUAUUCAUGACACCCGAUUUAUAAAUAUAUUUUUUCUUAAUACUGAAGUAACCAAUUAUGCUAGCAAUAUUCCCUCAAUAAAAUAACGAAAUUUAUAAAUAAAUUAAAAAUUGAUCUGUUCAUAUCACCAAAUUUUAACUCUUAUAAAUAUAUUGUAAUUGUUAUUUCUUAGCUGUAAGUAUUAUAUUUUAUUGUUAAUGAACAACUGUUAUUUUAUAAUAAUCUAAGUGAUUGGGCAUGGCCUGUUUAAAAUUUUUUGGCCACCAAGUACAUCUUAUAAUGAACCUUGUAUUCAAUUUUCUAGGAUUUCUAUUCGGUUAAAUAAUUUUAUCCACCGAGUACUUAUCAAUUAAAGAUUAUGUUAAAAAAAACUUCAUAAUAUUAAAUGCUUUUAGAUUAUUUAAAAAAUGUUUUUCAAAUUUUGCUCAUUUAUCAAUACUACACAGAAAAUUAUAAAUCAAAUAACUUUAUAAUCAUUAAGAUCGAUAAUUUGUUCACAAACUACAAAAAGAAAUACACAGUUACAAAUUAAUAGUAGAACCCCCACUACUUUCCGAAUUUAAAAUGAAAUUGUAAUAAUUGUUUUAAAGCAUGUGUUGCACCUAAUCAACUGUCCAAGAAGGAUGCAUCUAGUUCAGAGGAUGAAAGUUCAGAGGAAGAAUCCGUUCCUCCUGUUGCAAAAAAUCCCAAAACUACUAAAGUUAUAAUGCCUCCUGCUGGUAAAAAAGCUGCAGACGAAUCUGAUGAUAGUUCGGAGGAAGAAAGUUCAGAAGAAGAAACUGUAGUUAAGAUUAAUAAAGCUCCUCAAGUAGUUGCUCAAAAAGCAGAUUCUAGUUCCGAAGAAGAAAGUUCUGAAGAAGAAACUGCAGUUAAAACUCCUGCUAAAGUUAAUAAAGCUCCUCAAGAAGUAGUAGCUAAAAAAGCAGAUUCUAGUUCUGAGGAAGAAAGUUCUGAGGAAGAAACUGUAGUUAAAACACCUGCUAAAGUUACUAAAGGUAUUAACUUCUGUUGUAUAUUUUUUUUUUUAUUUUAAAUUAUAUAUAUUAACUUUAGUUAUUGUUCGUGAUGCUUUGGUAUGAUAUGAUUUACUCUUUUUAAGCACAUUUAUUAUACAGAAUAUUUUAGUUGAUAUUCGUCCAAAAGGAAAUUUUCCCCUAUUUUUACUGAUAUAUACAAUAGAUCUUAGAUUAUUUGUGUUUGUGACUGACCAAGCUCACUCUUCUGAAAAUUUGUGUAGAACAAAAAUAAAAGCAUUAUGCUACAACAGUAUAUUAUAUACAAGUUAUAAAUGACAAGUGAUAAAAGAAGCCAUGGAAAUUUUAUAAAAAUCAUUUUUAUUACUAUUAAUAAAAUAAUUAAAGAAAUAUGUACAUUUUUAUUCAGUUAAAUCAAUAUACUUCAUGAAGGUAUAUAAUAUAUUAAAAUGUAUUUCCUCAUGUGUUUUAGAAAAUGCAAUUUUCAAUAUUUCUAACAGUUCAGAUUUUAAGUUGGCACAGGUUCACUUUAUUACUUAAUGUAGUUUAUUUUUAUACAUAUCCACACUCACUUAGGUGGUGAAAUUAAAAGUAUUUCAAAAUUUCUUUUUCACCAUGUAAAGUUCAGGUAUAUGCUAGUAUACACUUUAACAUAUCAGAUAUAACAUUGUACAUUAUAAUAAUUUGUUUUAUCAUACAUUUUGAUUAACUGUGGUUAUUAUUUAUCCGUGUACCCCUCCUUGUGAAAGCCCCAGAUACUUAAGGUUCCACUGUUUCAUUAUUUGCUAUAAGUUUAAAUACCCUCAUGCAUAAAAUCAUUUUUAGUUAAAGAUUUAGGAAAAUAAAAAUAUGUGUGACUGUUUAAAAAUUAAAUUAAGUUAAUAGUUUGAGGUUUACUUAUAAUAUUAACUAAUAUUGAUUCAUGAAAACAAUAAUAAUUUCAUGUUUUUCUAAAAAUAUUUAGAAUAACUUUUUAACAAUGUUUAUUAUAACUAUUUUACUGUUAAAAGAAAAUUAAUAUUACUCAAUCUAUUUUAUAUAUAUUAAUUUUAAAAAAAUAUUAUUUUAGCUCCUGUUCAAAAAAAAAGUCAGGUAGAAUCUAGUUCUGAAGAAGAUAGUUCAGAGGAAGAAGCUGUAGUGAAAGUUCCCAUUAAAGGUGAAAAUAAUAAAUAUAUGCUGCUACAGUAAUAUAUUAUUUAUUUAAUAUAUAAUAUUAUUUUAUUAUGUAUUUCUUAUAGCUCCUGUUGCAAAGAAAAGCCAAGAAGAAUCUAGUUCCGAAGAGGAUAGUUCAGAAGAUGAAGCUGCAGUUAAAGGUAAAGUUUAAGUCGUCCUAGGAUAAUGGGGUUUAAUGCAGCCACUUUUAUAAGUAAUUAAUGGUUAUUAACUAAAGCAAUGAUAAACCAUUUCUAACGAAAAACGAUUAUAAAAGAAGUUCAGAUGAUAGAACUUCUUAGUCAACGAUAUACAGGGUAAUCAAUUUAUCAUAAGACACUCAUUAUCUCAGAAUAUAUUAAUGUUUUUUGACAUUUGUUCUGUAGAAAAUUUCAGAAACAAACAACUUACCAAAUUUUACAUUAUUUAUGUUAUAUUUUGUCUCAUUUAUUUUUGGGUUUGGAUGUACUAUCUACUUUUAUUUUUCAAAUGGCAACCUGUAUUAAAAAUUCCAUAAAUAAAUAGAGUAGUAAUUAAAAUACAUUUUUAAUUUCUGACAAUUCGUUAAUGAGAUAUUCCACUUUUAAGUUUUAGUCGGCGACAUUAGUGGUACAUUUUGAAUACUCCGGGUGCUGUGCCACUACAUUUUACUCGGAGAUGUCCCAUACUUAAAAGUGAAGUAUCUCGUCAACAGAUUGACAGAAAUAACAAACUUUAACUACUUUACUUCUCGAUCUGUUUAUUAAAUUCUUUUUAUAGGUUUCCAUUUGAAAGUAAAAAGUAGGUAAUUGUUUCCCUCCCAAAAAUUAGGUUACAAAAAAAAAAAUGUAAAUAAUUUUAGAAUAUCUAGUUUCUUAAAUGUUCUUUAAAACAAAUUUUAAAAAGUUAACAAUCCGAGAUAAUGAGUGUCUUACGAUAGAUUGAUCACCACGUAUAAGUCAUUAUGGUAAAAUUCCUUAAUCCAAUUUCCAUAUUAAAAUGGAUCUAGUUUUUUUUUUUUUUUUUUUUUUUUUUUUCGGUUUUUCAUAUUUGAUGAAAAAUGACCUCUUUAAAGUACCUCUCCAGUGAAAUUUCCUUUUAGAAAAAUUGCUGGUAGAAAAGUCAUCCACAGAAUAAAAAACAUCUUUGUGAAACCAUUAGCUAUUCCGUUCCACUCUGAGUCUAAUAUAUUAUUAGAUAUAUUGUAAUAAUAUUUAUUAAGGUUGGACAAGUAUUAUUUUUUUAAUGCCGAGUCAAGUUAUAUAGUUGAGUACUUGAAAAUGCUCCUAUUGCCAGGAUGGUCCAUGUUAGUAGUCAUAAAACUAAAUAUUAAAUGUGUUAAAACAAUUAAUCUGUUUUUAUAAAUUCCAACAAUAAACCUUCUAUUUUUUUCCUUUAUUAUUAUAUUUUCCUUGGUUUUUCUUAUCAGUUAUUGAAAAUAUUUGGGUUUCGAGAUAGUUAUAGUUUUUACAAUUAUUUUUAAUAUUUUUCAACAAUUUAGUGUUCAUUUGAGUUGAGUGCUCAAACUUGACUCGACAUUAUUUUCAAAGUAUAGUACUUGUUCAACCCUAAUAUUUAUAUAUUAUACAGUUUAUAAAUAAAAUAUACCAUCUCUGCAAAUGGUGAUACUAUAGAGAAUUGUCAUACUGCUAUUUUUUUAUUAAUACAUUUUAUUGAUUCAAAUCGAGGUAAUGCAUUAUUAUUUUUCUUUAUAGCUCCUGUUCCACCAAACAAAGUUAAGGAAGACUCAAGUUCUGAAGAAGAAAGUUCAGAAGAUGAAACUGUAGCAACAGCUACACCAGUAAAAAAAAGUAGACAACACUAUAAAUUUUUGUAUAAUUUUUUAUACCUGAUAAUUCUAAUUCUAAUUUUGUUGGUAUAGCUGUAGUUAAACCUGCUAUAGCAAAAACUGCAGAAGAAAGUGAUGAUGAUUCUGAUGAUGAGGAAGAAGAAGAAAAUAAAACUCCAAAACAGGUAAAGAAUGCAUAUAUAUAUAUAUUAAGUGGAUUCCUAUGGUAUAAAUGACUAAGGCCCGUUCUUAACAAUAUAAACGUUGAUUUUCAAACAGAGUUUAUAAGAUAAUAAACUAAUCGUGGUCGGUUAUCAGUCAUAAAAUCUGUCCAAGAAUCAGAUAAACACAUUUUUUAUGUUAGUGAGAAUGAACUUAAGAAUCAUAAGAAAAUAGAAAUGUGUUCCUAAAUAAUAAUUUUAAAUUUAUGUAGUAAAACUUUUUUUCAGAUACAAGCUCAGCCGUUUGUUAAAGCUGGAAAUGAUGUAAGUUUAUUUAUACAUUGUUGAUUACUAUUUUGGAAGAAUUUUUAUUUGUAGGGUUGAAAUAAAACAUAAGGGUUAAAAAAAACUGAUUUUAGAAUUAAUUAUUGUAGGGAAACCAGUAUCAAAAUAGUAAUAACUAUUUAAACAGUUCUUUUGAUUCUGAUAAAAAGAAAAAACUGCAAAACAGACGAUCAGAUCCUUAUAGACGUGUUCGUGAAGAUAAUGUCAAUGUUGAUGAACGUCUCUUGAAUAAUUCUCAAAAAGCAAAGGUAAGGUUAGCCUUGAUUUGGUGGCUAACCAAACCGGCGCAUGAAAACAUUUUUUAAACAAUAAUUAUUUAAAUUUUAUAUUCUUCCAAAAUAUGUAAUACACUGUUUUGAAAUAAUUAAUUUUCAUGCUCGGUUUGGAUUAGUCUAAUAAUAUAUAUUAUUCCUGUGUAGGAUGAAAAUGGAAUCAACGGCGACUUUGGUGGUGAUCGCCAAGGAGGUUUUAGAGGUGGUAGAGGAAAUAGAGGAUCACGUGGUGGCUUAGGUUUCCGUGGUAGUCGUGGUGGUCGUGGGGGUUUCAAUCGUGGUGAUGAUCAGAAUGGUGGUGGUGGCCGAGGUUUUGGCCGUGGUGGAGGUGGUUUUAAACGAAAGUUUGAUGAUUCAGGUGAUGGUGAUGGCGAAGGUGGUGGUUAUAGAAAAAGUUUUGGUGAUGGUGAUGAAAAUGGUAGUGAACGUCGUAGUUUUGGUGAUAAAAGAGGUUUUGGUGGUAACCGAUUCAGUGGUGGACGUGGAGGCUUUGGUGGUCGUGGUGGUGGUGAUAGAGGUAGAGGAGGUGGUAGUGAUAGAGGUAGAGGAUUUGGUGGGCGAGGUGGAGGACGAGGAUUUGGUGGUCGUGGUGGUGGUGAUCGUGGCAGAGGUGGUUUUGGUAAAGAUAGAUAUUUUAAUAAUAGUAUUGAUUCAAAUUCUUCUCCUCAAAAUAAAAAAAUUAAAUUUGAUGAUUAAGUAAGUAUUGCUCAUGGCUUGCCAAUAUGAAAACUUUAAAAUGUAUUAUAUUGUCUUAAAUGUAUGAAUUUUUAGUAAAUUUGGUGAAAUAAUAAUUUUGAAUUUUUAGAAAGGUCAAUACGAAAACUGGGGUAAGAAAGCUGCUCUAGACUUACAAUACACUAAAGGAAAAUCAUUUAGACACGAAAAAACAAAAAAAAAACGUGGUUCUUACAAAGGUGGACAAAUUGAUGUUUGUGUUAAUUCAAUUAAAUUUGAUGAUUAAUAUCCAUACAUUUUAUCCUAAAAUUAUAAUUAUUAAUUUUUCAUAGAUUCCCAUCAAAAAUUAAAUUUCAGUUUUUUUAUUUAAAUACAAACAAAAUUAUGUUAUUGUUUUUGCUUAUAAUUUCUUUAAUAUUAGUGACCUAGAUUUGUGUAUUAUUAAGUUUAUAAGUAAGACAUGUAUAUAAAUAAUAUUUAAGUGAUUGCAAUUUGUUUUUAUGUAAUUAAAGUUAUGUAUUCAUUUUUGAAUUAAGAUAUAAUUUUAAUUAUUAUUAAUUACCUCUUUUAAUAAAAUUUUGAGAAGUAUAUUUUUUAAUGAAUAUACUAUAAUUGAAUGUAUUAAUAAUUUACCUAAUAUAAAUUAUUUUAUAAGACCACUUAUAUUGAUUGCUCUUUUAAAAUACUCAACUAUGAAAUUGUUUUGAAUAUGAAAUAUUCUGGUAGUAAAACUUAUUAUUUUAUGUAUUUAUACCAUUAUGGACAUACAGUAUACUCAAUGGAUUGUAUUAUACGAACAUAUAUUUUUAUAGUAUUUUUAGGUUAAUUUUGUUUAAGGUCUUAUUCUAAGAUAAUCAGUACCUCAAUAAUCUAAAAUGCCAUUUUUGGGAAAAAUAUAUCUUACCCCUUCCUGUUUGUUCACAAAAAUUGACCUCCCUCCAAUAAGCAGAUAAAUUACAACUGGGAAUAUCGUUUUUAAAUAAAAAAUCAUGAUUUAUUUUUAAUAAAAUGUAUGCCGUUAAUUUGCAUUAUUUCUUUUUGUCUGUGAGUAGUAAUUAGUUUUUUGUUUUUUUACGAGAUAUGUAGCUAUAAUUAGUUGUAUUUCCUUGAUGAUUAAUUUAUUAAUAAACUGAUAUACUUUUUACUUGGAAAAAGAAAAUUAUACAUUUUUAAGAUUUUAGGAAUUUUUGACAAAUAUUAAUUUAUGUAAAAAUUAGACCUCUAUCAUGUUUUGACCUCAUGGUAUGUACUUAAAGAAAAAGUCCAAUUCCAAAUAAUAUAUAGUUAUACUUUUUCAACAAAACUUUAGAUUCUGAGUGGAAUGAGAAAUGUUUUGGUUUUACAAUGAUAUUUAUUAUGUUUUGUUCUAAACAAUUUUUCUAUCAAAAAUCUUGCUUUAAUUUUCAAGCCUAGUGCUUUUCUGAAUGGGAAAUUUUAUAUGUGUGAUAUUUUGCGGAGAUCAUUUUUGAUUUUCAAUGUUGUUUUCGUAAUAUACUGGAAAAGUUACAAUAUUAACCACCAUAACAUUAAUGUUACUGUCUGCAAAGCACUGAAAGUUUUGAUAGUAUGAUAGUUUAGCACUCCUGUUUUAGUAAGAGACCAGUUAAGAAGAGAGUCCCAAAAUAGGUUUCUUUCAUAUAUCUCUUUUCUUCUUAAAAUUGUACAUUCACAACAUGACUACUCUUUCGUACUUUUAAAACAUCCCCUCGAUUUCUUCCAAUGAAUUGAUGCUAGUUUAUUUUGUAUAUAUUUGUUUAUGCUACUUAAUUUUUUUUUUGCUUUUUGCAUGUAAUCAUUUUAGUUUUAACUUUUAAGUCUGUCUUUUAUUUGUACUGUUAUCAUUUUAUCUUAAUUUAUGUAUUUUCACUUAUUCUUUGUAAAUUGCUGUUUGGCAUUAAUACAAUAAAAAAAAUGGCUAUGCCACUCCUAUAAAGUGCAUGCAUAAUGUAAUUGGUUUUGG